AUGGCGAGCACCCCGCCGCCGCUGUCGCCUAGGCCGCGACGGUGGGCUCCGGCGGACAGGUCGCCACUCGUAGAGGCACUCAACAGCCUCGCAGACGACGACCCUCCGGCCCCACCCCCCUCCGACCCCCUCCUGCUCUCGCCACAGCCCUCCGUCGUCCCCUCCAUCAUGACCACCUCGCCCUCCCCUCAACGCCCAACCACCACAAGCAACAACAACAAUGUCCCCGCCACCAACGACCCCGCCACCCCUAUCCGUCCCCAGGUCACCGGCUCGUCACUUGCGGCGCAGUAUGACAGCGUCCUGGCCAGUCUCGACGCCCUCAACGCCCUCGGCCAGUCGCCGACUCUGACAGCUUCCCAAGCACCUCCCUCGACCAUCAUGUCGCCACCACGCUCACCUACAACGCGUGGCUCUGCGUCCCCCGUCUCGUCCUUUGCCCUGUCCCCUCCCCGCGGACAGCCUACGCUGCUGCAGGCGCCCACGUCUCCUACACUGUCGUCGAGGAGCUCGGGUUCGAGCGGUGGCGACUCGUUGUUGGGUGCUACCCCUCGUGUUGAUCCCUACAUGAACACUCUGUAUGGUUUGGGGAUCACCAUGGGUUCCCGCCCAACAGACAUCCUCGAGGCUCUCAGUGAGCACACCGAGCCCAACACGACACCUGCCACAUCACAUGCAGGCCCCAUGAGCCCGGCAGCGAGCCGUAUCGCGAGUUCCGUCGGCCCCAGUGUACCCCCUGCUCAGUCGUCGCAGUCCUCGAGCAUCACGCGGAGUGAGGCUGAGCGUGUCGCGACCGGGUUCCCCAGCACGCCUCGUCCCAGUGCGCCCCCGAGUCCCAGCAAGAGCGGUGCACGCGCGGCGCAGCUUAUCAAAAUGUUCGAGUCGCGGUCCGGCAGCGAGCCAUCAACACCUCCCGCACCUCUUGGUCCCCGCUCGCCAGGCCGUAUGGCCAGCCCGACCAAGGCUCGUGAGACCAAGUUGCCCGCUCCCGCGACAGCGACCGUGCCGUCGCCAGACAAGCCCCUCCCAGUUCCUCCACCCGUCUCAUCAUCCGCGGCCAGUGCUCAGCAGGAUGUACCCAUGCCGCCGCCCAAGCCCCCCACGCCCCUCUCGAAUGUCCGGAGCAUGAUCGCGACCUGGCGUGCGCGCACGGCGGCCGAGACGUCUGCAGUGGGCGAGUCGUCGGCUCCGACCACCGCCCUGGCCACUCUGGAGCGCGGCGGCGCACAGGGCCUCUUGCGCGACCGAGCAUGGAACGUCAGCAUCCGGCGUCGCACACGUGACGACAACCGUCUGGCAGAGCAGGCCGCCGACGACCUGUCGCCGAGCUCGGGCCAUUCGCGCAUGGCCAGCUCCGACGAGCGCCUCACACCGUCAGCAGCGACAAGUGGAGAAAGCGCCAGCGCCAACAUGGACCGGGCGUCCUUUUACGAGUCGGAGCGCCCAGCCACCCCGAAAUUGCUCACUGGAGAGCCGAUUCGCGCAGGCACAAUGUACUUUCUCAACGUCCACGAAGACACCGACGACGAGGACAGCUACCGCUGGAUCCAGACCGACGCGCGUCUGUAUCCCCAGGCACUGGAGCUUACAUGGCGCCUGCCAACGGGAGCUCAGGCCCAGGUUCUGCUCGACCUCGAGUACUGUGAGGAGGUGCACUCGUCUUAUUCGCCCAACCACCCUGCGGCCGAAAACGACUUUGGUGCCAUUGCUGCCCGCAGGCAGGGGGAGCUCGCCAGCGUUCUCUGUCCCUUCAAGCUCGUGUACGACGAUGGCACAGAGUACCUCGGCUGUGACUCGGCCCGCGAGCGUGUUCGUUGGGUCAACGCCAUCUGGAACGUCCUCGACACUUGCCGUGCCGCGCCGCGCCGCGCGCCGUCGAUCCACUCGGGUGUGAGCCGCAGCAGUGGCUCGGCCUCGACUCGCUUCGAAACGACCCAGGCGCCUGCGAGUGGCCAGAUCUUGCCCACGCAGCGCAUGCCCCGCGAGUCGAGUGAUGACUCGUUUGUCCUUACCGCCGCCGGCAACAUGGCGUCGCUCUUGUCUCGCGACUCUCACCGUCUCGCAGCUGGCGUACAGCGCAACCGGUCGCUUCGCCGCGUCGCGUCCGAUGCUGAUCUCCGUGAGGCCUCCAUUUCCUCGUCGCCCAGUUUCCUCACUAGGGAGGCAGCCACAUCGCGCGGUAGUCCCCCGCGCGACUUCCACUUUGCCCACGGCAUCGCCCCGCCUCCACUCCUCUCGCCCGAGAUCUCGUCUCCCCCUUCGUUCCGCCACAGUGCACCAAACGCAGCAACGAGCUUCUCAUCGCUGAGCGACCUGCCAGUCGGUCAGUCGGAGCCUGCAGUAUCCGUUGCGCCGUCGACUCCGGCUCCCCAGUCGACCACCACCACCGAGGAUGUGUUUGCCUCUGUGGCGGCGGCUCGGUCCCAGCCCGGCCGCGCUUCGAGUGGAGACCGUACACCUCGUGCGCUCAUGUCACCCCCGCUUGUGUCGCCUCCGUUCCUCCACGGGUCCCCGUCGCCUUCGUACCACACGUUUGGCACGCCUGGUCUCCUGCCAUCGGACAGCAUCUCAAAUGUCAACUUUGGCCAGCGCGACGUUGCAGUCCCAGUGCUCCGUGACACCAUGUCGCCCAUUACCGAGAUCCGCCAGGCAGAGGCUCCUCCCAUGUCGAACCUGCAGAACAGCUCCGUAGAGUCGUUCGACACCGCCAAGCAGAGCGUCACUUCCGACUCUGUCAGCUCGAUGAGCUACAGGACCCCCGCUGGCUCCACCCCUACGAGCGUCGUCUCGCCCUCCAGCCUGCUAUCGCCUGCCUCUGGCUCGUCGCAGACCAUGUCACUUCCUACCUCCUCGACCGCUUCACCACCAGCGUCCUCGACACAACAGGCCCCGUCCACCCCGCGCAGUGCUGUCACUCUGCGCACCGCUCUCCGUGCUGGCCCAGGUGCCAGCGGACUUUCUCAUUCCUCUGGCGGCUCUUCAGCUGGCGGCUCGUCUGUGCCGUCCAACCCCUCGCUCGCAGACUACAGCGGAUACAUUGGUGCUCCCACCGUGCCGCCACCACCGUCGCACCGUGUCGAGUCGGAGCCAGCCCGGUACCAGCUGUACGACCCCCCAAUGUCCUCCAGCUCCACUCCUGCCAGCUCGUCGUUCCAGACAGCCCGCAAGAGCCCCUAUGGCACCUCGACGGCCGCAGACAGCAUGUACUCGGCCGCCCAGUACGCAACUCCUGGGCCAGGGACCGAGUUUUCAACGGACGGCUCCAGUCUCGCCGCCAUGGACCGGCCCGUGUCGGACACAAAGAGCAGUGUGUUUGGCACCCCGCGAACUGUCAAGGCCCCAUACGACUACUUUAACGAGGCCGCCAGCGGCAGCAACCGCCAGCCCCCGCAUCCUGCGUUCGCAGCCCCGCCUUCGUACACGGCCAGUCAGCCUCCAACAACCGUGUACACUGCCCUCAACUCGAUGGGCUCUCUCCAGCCAGGCGAGUUUGCGCCAACAGCGUCGUCGCGGAGCAGCGCGUUCCACACCGCCGGCUUGUCGGCCGCCACAACCUCGGCCUACGACACGCCCCAGUCUGGCCCUUCAACGGUCACGCGCGGCGCAGCUUCCACGGCCGGUCCCCAUGACACUUCCAGUAUGGUCUCGGGUCCCUCCCUCUAUUCGUCGGCGCCGCCUGUUCCCGUCUCGCGCAGCAACUCGUCGGGCGCUUCGAGCAACCGCCCGCUCCUGCAGCGGAGAUCGGCAUACUCGACCGUGAGCUCUGCGGCCGCUCCUAGCAUGUACUCGUCGGCGCCUCCGAUCCCCAUCUCGCAUGACGGGUCGUCGCGGUAUACCACCUCUGAGGCAGGCGUGAGUGGUGUCAGCUCCACCUCUGGACCCCCACCGCCAUCAUCGUCGUCGUCGUCCUCGGGUGGUGGCUCGUCAUUCUUCUCGCCCACGCCACAGAACCGUUCGGCAGCCUCGUCGUCCAACUACGCUACCGCAUCGAGCAACCAGUAUGGUACCCCGGAAGCGUACACUUCGGGACUCAGUAACCGCUUCACACUCGCUUCAGACCCGUCAACGUUCCCCGACAUGUCUGGACAUAGUGCGACUGUUGUCAGUGGCCGUUCUGCCACGCCCGUCUCGGAACCAGACACCAACGAGUCGCUGUUUGCCGCCCUCGAGCGCCAGUCUACUGUUGGUUCAUACCUCUCCCAGACGGCACGCAGGGCAGCGCAGAGCCCGUACAUGACGGCUGGGGAUUACUCUUCGUACCAGACACCGGCCACGCCGUACACGACCGCAGAACGUGGUACAGCUUCCUUUGCCACGGCGCCGUCGGCUUGGUCAUCCGCCACAGAGUCUGUCGCCCCGGAGAGUCUUGGUCCUCCACCAUCCUCGCAUCGCGCCAUUCCUCGCAAGGCUGUUCCGGCGUUCGCGCCCGCACCCUCAGAGCCGCCUAGCUCGUCGUCGUCGUCGGACCCCACGACGUCUUCCAGUGAGGACCCGACAACAACCGAGGACACCCAGUCGACCACCACGUACCGCACAACAUCCGUGUCCACUGUCCAGCCGCCGCGUGUUCGCGAUGGGCGUGAUUUCACCAUGUUGCGCCUGGUCAACUACCUCCAGGGCCAGGAGCAGGUGCGCCAGGGCCAGACGACCCGCAUGGGCUCCCAGAUGGACCGCAUCGAGCACAAGGUCGACCGUCUCGAGCGUAUCGAGGCCAAGAUCAGCAAGCUGGCGGACCGCGAGCUUCCCCCGCCCGUGCCGAACAAGGACCGCGAACUGGACGAGGACCGUCCCCCUUCGCCUGCCCUGUCGGACAGCAGUAUCUCGAGCGACGAGACGGAGCGUCCAGUGACCCCCCCUCCCGUUGUCAUCCCCGAUGCCAUCCACCGGCGCUUGGACGACAUGGGUGAGCUCCUCGGCAAGGUUUUGGGCCAGCAGAGCGACAUUCUCGGGCAGCUUGCGGACAUCCAGAUGACCCGUGCCGCUACUCCUCCCCCCGUCGACUUGUCUCACAUGGAGAACAUGCUGCGCGUCAUCUUUGACGAGCUUACCGGUCUUCCCAAUUCGUACCCUACUCCUGCUCAACCCGUUCAGCAGAUGCGCAGUGUCACCCCGGCAGUCACCGACGUUGACAGCCAGACCGAGGGUCCUUGGUUCGAAGGUGCUGGCAGCACGUACUCGUUUGACGACCAUGUCCAGGCCCCGCCCCCGUCUUCCGCCCCGCACUCGCCCCACGCAUCCAGCUUUGUCGCCGACUCGCUCCUCGAGGCUCCUCUCCAGUACGAGCACUUUGACUUGCAGACCGCCAUGGACACGCUCCCGUCUCCCGCCCAGGCUCAGCAGUACCAGCACACGGAAAUGCCGCCCUGGCUCGUUCAGCGCAUUGCCCAGGCCCACGGACAGCAGGCUCCUUCGGAAUACACCGCCAUGGACUAUGACGAAGACUACCCCCAGACUCGUGAAGUUCCUGUGACUACCAUGGCCGACCCCGGUAAGGCGCCUUCGCCCGAGAAGCAGCCUGCCCCCAUGCCCGACAAUGUCCAGUACUACAACCUCGCUCCUGACUCCCUCGACCAAGACCGCGCCCUCGUUUCGGACCAGCGUCCAGCUACCAGGAUGCCGCCUCCUGCAAACGUUGACCUCCCGACUCCGAUUAACGACAAGCGUCAUCGUGAUCUGUACGACGACAUGCCUCCUCCUCCGCCGUCCAAGUACCAGUACCCGCACGACAUGCGCGCCAUGCCACCGCCCAUGGGCCCCUACCCUCCCACCAUGGGUCCGAUGGGUCCGAUGGGCCCGCCGUUCAUGUCUCGUCGUGGCACUUCUCGCUUUGGUUCGAUCCGCACUCCUAUGUCCUCUACCUACUUCCGCCGUGGUAUUGCCCCCAUGGUGCCAGGUGUUCCCAUGUUCAACCCCGGUCUCGGUGUCAACAUGAUGCCUGGCAUGCCUGGCUUUAUGCCCGGUCCAUUGGGAAUGCCUGGUGGUCUGCCCAUGCCCAUGCCUGUCAUGAUGCCGCCUCCGCAGUCGCACUUUGGCCAUGGCUCAGAGUCUACCGCGCAUGCGCUCGACUCUGGUACAGAGCUCACCAACACGCCCCGGUCCAUCGCAUCGUCCAAGCGGUCUGUCGUCUCAUCAUCGUCUUCUUCGUCUACCGGCUCUUCUCACACGCACACGGAAUCUACACCCCCGGCCACUACCUCGCCUCAUUCUGGAAAGGACGAGCAGCUGCUCACUCCCGUCGUUCGGGAGAUUACGUUCAACACUGCUGCUCCUCCCGCUCCUGCCAUCACCAUCAACCCCCCGCAGUCUGAAAAGGGCAGCCCUCCUGGUACUCCCGGCACCGACUACUGGCGCACUCGCGUUCUCGGCGAGCAGCAAAACGACAUGGCCCGCUACCUGCACGGUAUGAGUGACCAGCUCACCGACAUGUCGGACGGUGUUUCCCGCGAGCUCCAGGACAUCCUCGGCCAGAUCAACACGCUCCGUCGCGACCUCCACCGUGAGCGCGUGCACGGCCAGGUCCUCUCCGACGGCACUGUUCAGCUUUCGACUGGUGAGAUUGUCGACGGCAUCCGCGGCGCGCCUUCCAAGUCUUCCGUUCCCGCUAUCCACGUUACUCCUUCUACUCCUCGUGUCGAGGCUGAGAUCCUUUCUGACGGCACCGUCCUCGCCGGCAACCGCGUUGUCGAGGGCAUCCGCGCCCCGCCAAAGGACGAUGCUUCAUUGUCGGACCUCGCAAACCUCGCCAAGCACCACAAGGACGACGAGCAGGACGAGAAGCUCGCCAAACUGUCCGAUAAGAUUGCCGACAUGCUCUCCCGCAAUGGAAGCGCCGCCGGCUCGGACUAUGGAGACCACCACGUUCACCUCGACCCUACACGUACACCCCGCCCUGGCCAGCUUAUCCGCGAGGAGAUUGAGGAGAUCACUCACACUCCCAACGGUGGCGCCCCCUUGCACACUGUCAUCUCCAAGCGCACCUACGACGGCGCUCCGCCUCCCCUGGAGACCGUCACGACUACCACGACUACGCGUGCGGGUGAACCCACUGGUCCCGCUGCUGCCUUCUACGACGCCCACGACCCUUCUUCUGAAGCCCGCGACCUUGCCAACGUCCCUCACUCGUCAGCCAAUGAACCCGAGGCUGUCUCGUACGGCAACAUGCCUACCAAGAAGAAGGACAAGGAGGUCUGGAGCACGAACCGUCCUCACGGAAGUCGCAUGGGCUCGCCCGAGCCCGAGGCGACGUCGUACGGUAACAUGCCCACGGACCACGCCGCAGUCUCGUACGCCGACGGUGCCACGCAGCCUACUGCUGGUCACUCUGCCGGUCACGCCUCAACUCCUCACUCGGCUUCUGGCGGUAAGAGCGCCAAGGCUCCUGCUCAGGUCUGGUCUACAAACGUCCCUCACGCGAGCCGCCAAGGCACGCCCGAGCCGGUCUCGUACGGCAACAUGGCCACAGAUGGCGACCAGCCGCACCACCUUGUUGUCCCGACCCCUGCUCGCUCUACCGCCGGCCACAGCAAGCCUGAGAUGGUCGAAGGCGACAUGCCCGAGACUGAUGGCUCAGGCUUCCACUGGCGCAGCCUGCUCCCGCACAAGAGCAGCCACGGCGAUGGCGACGAGGAGGAGCCCAUUACUAGCUACGGUAACAUGGCUACGGGACCCAAGAGCAAGCACGGUUCGGAUGAUGAGCACGGCAGCAAGCUCAGGGUCCCCACCAAGUCGGUUGCCGGGUCUCGUGCUGGAUCCCAUGCUGGAUCUCGUGCUGGAUCUCACGUCGGCUCGCGCGCUCCUUCGCAUGCUGGCAGCAGCCGCAAGGAGUGGACCGAGCUGCGUCCCGACUCGCCGACCAGGAGCAAGCACGGCGACGCCAGCCACCACGGUGGAUCUCGCGCAGCAUCGCACGCCGGAUCUCGUGCUCCCACUCACGCUGGUACACGCUCUCGCGCCGGCUCGAAUGCCCAGUCCCGCCACCACAGCGACCCUUACGACUCUGAAGAGCCCGAGGAGGACGGAUACCCUUCCGCGCACUCGCAUUCGCGUGGUGGCCAGCCCUCCCACCACGGGUCUCGUGCUCCCACCAGCGGCGCCCGCUCGCACGCCGGAUCCAAGGCCCCACGCUCGCAGGUUUCCGCACAGAGGUCGCGUGCAGGUACGUAUCGUGCUCAUUCCGACUCGGGCUCCGAUCAUGAAGACAAGCACCACUCCGCCACUGAGCCAGAGUACAAUGUGCACAAUGUGCCUAACGGCUCAGGAUCAGAGACAGAGCAUGAGCAUAGUCACCACAGCGGCCAAGCUGGCCGCGAUGGUCGUGACGGCCGUGACGGCCGUGAUGGCCGCUCAGCUCGCGAUGGCCACAGCGGUGACGAGCACGACAGUGAGCCGUAUCACUCUGAACACGAAGAGCAUGAAGAACCAAGAUCCGCAACACGCUCAAGGGCCGGUUCUGCCGCGCCCGCAUCUCACCACGGCACCCGUGCUGGCUCUCACGCCGGUUCACGGGCUCGCUCGUCUUCCCCGCCACGUUCGUCUAGGGGAGAGUUCCUCGCCCCGCCUUCUGCUCAUGGCACCCGUGCUGGCUCGCGCGCUGGUUCAGCUGCGGGUUCUGCCCGUGGUCCUGGCUCUGCUCGCUCGGGUGGUGGUGGCUCUCGUGCCGGUGGCUCUCUGCCACCCCCGUCGCAGCACGGCGGCAGUCGCCUGCCGUCGCGUGCACCUUCAGCUUCGCCUGCGCGCUCUGCUCGCCACUCGCCUGCAGGCUCGUAUGCCAACCUCGGCUCUGCAGCUCGCUCUCACAAGACUCCUAGCCGCCACGCCCCCAGUCACCACGCUCCCAGUCACCACGAAGAAACCGAGCCUGAAGACAUGUACGCUGACGAUCCUGAAGACGAAGCAAAGCACCACGAGCACAACCCGUACGGCUCCGAGCACGAGUCCGAGACCGAACGCGAGGAGGAGAAGGAGGUCCAGCACCACAUCCCCGACCCGUACGGCUCGCCGCCUCGUGGUGGCAGCCGUGCUUCCAACCGUGGUGGUGCACCUUCGCGUGGCGGAUCAGCUCGCGCUCCUUCCAACCGCCCUCCCACGGCAAAGGCCGCCAGCUCCUAUGGUGGCCGCCUUCCUCCCCCGGGUACCUUUGCGGAUGCUCCAGGACGCCUGCCCUCGAAUGCUGCGUCUAACCGCCUGCCCAGCCGCUUGCCUUCGCACCACACGCAGUCGCAGCACGCGCCAUCUCGCGUUGGCUCGCGUCGUCCUCCGACCUCCAAGGCCCCUUCAAACCGCGGCGGUCCCAAGCCCCCGUCCAUCCACUCCAUCCACUCUGAGCCAGAGGAUGACGGAUACGACUACGAGGACGACGAUGAGGAGGAAGAGGAAGAGGAGGACGAGCCCGAGCACUCGGCUCACCGCCCUCUGCCUUCGCCUGCGCAGUUCAACAAUGUGCCACACAUGCCCACAAAGGCUGCCUCCAAGGCUCCCAGCGCCAGGUCGGCUGCCGCUCCCUUCAAGGCUCCCACCUUCAAGGCUGCAUCCCAGGCGGGUUCCGCCGUAUCGGCUGUUUCCGCUGCCUCGAAGAAGACCAUGCCAGUGUACGAAGUUGUUACUCUUCCCAACGGUGAGGAGGGACUUGUCAAGACGGGAGAGGUCGAGAUCCCCGAUCCUCCUGCCGAGCACAGCCCGCCUUCACCCCCUACCCCGGCCAUCAAGGUCACUUCGGCGACGCCUGCUUCCUCUGUGCGCGCGCCGUCGAUCCACACCAUCCACCCAGGCGCCGCCGCACCCAAGGCACCUGGCGGCGCUCCCUUGCCUGCCCCUCCUGCCAUGUCCGAGCACGACCCAUCAGAGUAUGAGCCGUCCGAGGUCGGUGCGCCGUCCACUCAUGGUGCGCCAUCAGUUCACGGUGCUCCUUCCGUUCACGGCGGUUCUGUCCACGGUGCUCCUUCCGUUUACGGUGCCCCUUCCGUCCACGGCGCUCCUUCCGUUCAUGGUGCGCCGUCAUCGCACCAAGGCCCUCCGCCUGCAUCGGUGGCUGCCGACUUGGGACGCAAGCCGUCCGUGGACUCGGUCAAGCCUGCCGCCCCAACCCUGGGCGACCUUCGCAUUGCCAACCCCGAUGACGGUGCUGCUUCACUGGUGCCACCUCGCCCGCCUUCGCCUGCUGGCUCGGUGCACACGGUACACAAUGCCCCCAAGGGCGAGGCCGCACAUGCACCGACUCCCGAUGGGCCAGCUCCUGCCACCGCUGCGGGUGACGACACUGCCGCUGCGAAUGCCCAGCCAUUCACCAUGCCCAACUUCCACUGCGAGCACUGCUGCACUGAGCCUGCUGGACCUCACCACCAGCACAAGGAUGAGCCGCCUGCCACGCCCUCGCGGGCUGGCACCCCGGUGGCCAAGGCGCCCAAGACGCCGCCCCCGUCGCGUCCCGGCACAGCCAAGCCCGACGAGGAGAACCCAGAAGAGGAGGCUCCUGUGGAGGAGACCAAGGAUGAGGCCCCUGCCCCCAAGGGUGAGUACUCGGACGUUGGGCGUCCGCUAACAUUCGCAGGUGUUAAUAUCUCCGAGGAGGACAAGAAGGAGGCCAAGGAACGCCACGACGAGGUCAUCAGCACGCUCAAGGACCUCAAGGAGGCCAUUAACAACAUGGUGACCGAGAACAAGGCGUUCGUGGAGAUGAUGACGACCGAGAAGGACGCGGCCGAGGCGGAGCGCAAGGAGCAAUCCGACCGCCACGCCAAGGUCCUGGCCGAGCUGGCCAACCUCAAGGUCGAAGAGAAGAAGGAGGAUGAGAAGAAGCAGAAGGGCACCCAGGCCGUCCUGGAUGCCUUCAAACAGUCGGGUGACGACCAAGCGCAGUUCCUCCGCAAGCUCGGUGUCGAGAUUAUGGAGCAAAACUCCAACCAACACAAGGCGACUCAGGACGCCGCCAAGUCUUGGGCCAAGGAACAAGUCGGUUUCAACCUGGCUGGUUACAUGGACGACUUCUCCAAGUCGCUUGCUGGCGAGGUCCGCACGCUUAUCAAGGAAGUCGGCGACCUGCGCGAGUGCCGUCGCGCACUCUACGUCGAGCUGGCCGAGCUCCUACUCAUGAAGGGCCGCCAGCAGUCUGGCGACUUGAUGGGAGUUCUUCCCUACCCCCAAAAGCCGCCGGCCAAACCGGCAGACAAAAAGGACGACAAGAAGGACGAUAAGAAGCCCAAGGCGCCGCCCAACUGGGCCGGAUUCAUGCCAGCGGUCCCCAACCCAAUGCUCCCACCGCGCAAUCUUCCCAUGGUUCCCGGAGCUCCCUUCAUCCCCCCUAUGAUGCCCUACCCUGCCCCACCACCUGGAUCUGUUGGUCCACCCGUCCCGCCCCGCGAGGGCCCAUGA